GUACGUGAUGUCCCUCAGUCCCUUGGAGGCUGAAAGUUCAUUCCCCAAGUUCCCGAACUUUGAUGCAAUUACUAUAAAAGCUUGAUUGACUGGAAGAGACACAGUUAGCUCUAAGUAUAUGUGUGGAUAAGGAGCCUGGGGAGAGUGAGGGAUGGGAACUAAGGGCCUGCCUAGAAGUGCAAAAAACCUUUAGUUCUUGGAGAAAUUUUAAGAUGUGAAAAGGAAAAUAGUCUUAGUUCCUUUCCUAGAAAGGAUAAGAAUCUUUUGUAGCAUCUUUUCUGGAAAGUAGCCUUAGGAUAAUAACUGGACAGUGAUCCCAGAUUUAAAGAGAGCUGUUUUAGAUCUCUUUAUUAAAACAAGCAGGUGCUGAAGCCACUGAAGAAAUUAUGAUGUGUCCACUAAGCAGUUUAGACCUGGAAGAGGAUAUACUGGAAGUGAUGUUUUUCUGCUAACAUGGAGGAAGUCUGUGUAAACACUUACAGGACCCAAAGAUCUGGUUCAGAAUUCCAUCUGUGACCCUGAAGAAGUUUAGGCAGAUUUUUUUCGCUACUGUCUAGCAAUCAGGACUAAGGGGAAAGUGUAAUUUUCACUUGGAUCCUGCCUAUAUCCACAAAAAUGAUGAAAAUACAGAACAACGUGACUGAAUUUGUCCUCCUUGGGCUGACUCAGGACCCACAAAAGCGAAAAGUUGUAUUUGUUGUUUUCUCAGUUUUCUACCUAUUUACUAUUUUGGGGAACCUUCUCAUUGUUGUGACCAUCAAGAGCAGCCCCACGCUUGGAUCCCCUAUGUAUUACUUCCUGUCUUACUUGUCUCUUGCAGAUGCCUGCUUCUCUACUACCACAGCCCCCAGGCUUAUAAUAGACAGUGUCUCUAAGAAUCAGACCAUCUCUUUCAAUGAUUGCAUGACCCAGGUAUUUGCAGCCCAUUUUUUUGGCUGCAUGGAGAUUUUUCUCCUUGUCCUCAUGGCAUAUGAUCGCUAUGUGGCCAUCUGCAAACCUCUGCAUUAUUCAAAUAUCAUAAGUCGUAGAGUCUGUGUCAUAUUGGUGUUCUUGGCUUGGGUGGGCUCAUGUAUUCACUCCACAGCCCAAAUCUUUCUUGCUUUAAGUUUGCCCUUUUGUGGCCCCAAUUUGAUUGACCAUUAUUUCUGUGACUUGCAACCCUUACUGAGACUGGCCUGUACAGACACAUUUGUAGUAAAUAUCCUUAUCAUCUCCAAUAGUGGAGUUAUAUGUAUGGUAAGCUUUGUGUUGCUAAUGAUAUCCUAUAUUGUUAUUCUAUACUCUCUGAGAAAUCAGAGCUCAGAAGGAAAGCGCAAAGCCUUGUCUACCUGUACCUCCCACAUCAUUGUAGUCAUUAUUUUCUUUGUACCGUGCAUAUUCAUAUACACUCGGCCUCCAACCACUUUCCCCGUGGACAAGUUAGUAUCUGUAUUUUACACAAUUGGUACUCCCUUACUCAACCCUUUGAUAUAUACUCUGAGAAACAAGGAUGUAAAAGAUGCCAUGAAGAAGUUAUGGAAGAACAUUAGAGGAACUUAGAUGAGUGACCACCUAGCAACCAAUAUAUGAAAGUCUUAAGUCAGUUCUUUUUUGAGAUAAAAGAUUUGCAUCUACUUGGCUGGGCAGGCUUGAGGGUAAUUUUGAUAUUCAGGGAGAAAUGCAUGCAACUUUAUCUCAGUGACUUUAUAUCCAGAUCUUCCCAGAAGCUGGAAGACAAUUUGUCAGGUUUGAUCAUUAUUUCAGGGUCAGGUAGUGAUAUGAGGUAUCAGAAGGAAUAAUUGGAUAUUAAAGUCCUCUAGAAUUCAUAUUCAUAUUCUCUCUCUCUUUCUCUCUUUCUCUCUAUCUCUCUCUCCUUCCCUCCCUCUAUUUUUAUG